AAAAUGAAGUCUCUCAUUUUCUUUUUCCUCCUUUUCUCAUUGGCGAUUCAAGCAAGAAUUUUGCUAGCUGGUGGUGAAGAUGGUAGCAACACCAUCACCGGAACAAAUCAUGGAAAAACCGCCGGCCAAAAGUUACCCCGUCUACCUCCCAUUCCGGAGGAGCCUAAGAAGGGGGCAAACUACCAAAGGCGGCCUCAACUAACUCCUCCUCAACCAAAGGCAAACAUACCAGGACGCCAAUCCGCAAGUGAUCAUGACUUCAAAGAUAUUCGGGGAGAGGCACCUCCUCAACCAAAGGCAAAUAUGCCAGGCAGCAAAAUAACUCGUGAUCAUGACUUUAAAGAUUUUCGGGGAGAGGCACCUCCACAACCUAAGGCAAAUAUACCAAGACGCCAAUCGGCACGUGAUCAUGACUUCAAAAAUAUUCGGGGAGAGGCACCUCCACAACCAAAGGCAGGUAUACCAGGACGCCAAUCGGCACGUGAUCAUGAUGAGUUCAAAGAUAUCCGUUCAAGAGUACCUCCUCCGAAGGCAAAUAUACCAAGGCAACAAUCUACACAUGAUCAUGGCUUCAAAAAGAGCCCGGAAGAACUUGCUAAGCCGGCAAACUACCAAUUAAGGAGGCCUGCAUUGACACCUCCUGAACCAAAGGCAAAUAUACCAAAACACCCGUAAUUAAAUUUGAACAAUCAUAUUUAUGGGGGCAUAAUUAUCAAUCUAGCUCCUUUUUGGUCUACGCAUCCAAUCCCUUCCUAUACUCCAGUUGAGAAGCAAAACAUAUGUUAUGUAAGGCAAUACAUUUCCUUACUUAAUGGGAAUCAUUACUAAUUAUAAUAACGAGACG